AUGGGACUAAAGAAGAUCGAAAUCAAGAAAUUAACCAACAAGCAAUCCCUGAAAGUCACAUACUGUAAGCGGCGAAAUGGUCUGUUUCGCAAAGCCGACAAGUAUUGCUCCAAAACUGGUGCUCAAAUCGCCAUUAUCACAUUCUCUCCUGGUAUGAAGCCAAUGACAUUCGGGAACCCUUCUGUGGAGGCCGUCGUAGAUCGGUAUGAGCUCUGGGAAAGGCAAAAUUCCAAUGGCGGCAAAGAAAUAAUGCUUGAUGAUGACGACCAUGGUCUCCAUGAGAUUGGUACGAGCGAUGAGGAAGAUGAAGUGCUUGAAGGUAUGGAACUGAAUGAGCUCAAGCAAUAUGCGAAAAGCGUAGAAGAACAAAGGAAUUUUUUGGCCUGGCAAAUCGAAGAUAGGAUGAGAAGAGAAUCGAGCACCAAAGAUUUGUUAGGAAUGAAUAAUGCUUCUGUGGAUUUGAUGCUCUUUGGUGUCAAGGUAGGAGAAACAGUGGAGAUAGAAGAGAUGGAAGAGACGAGGAGGAGAGAAUCACGCACAGCGGACUUCUUGAGUAACUUCAAUUAG